AUGUGUCGUUUUCUGGUUUACAAGGGCAGCGACGAGCUACUCCUCGCCAAUCUUGUCCUCGACCCCGUGCAUUCGAUUCUGAAGCAGAGUUUUGACUCUCGUCUGCGACUUGACAGGAGACGUGGUGUCAACAAUGCCGAUGGUUUCGGAAUAGGCUACUAUACCCCAAAACUGCGCGCCUCGCCCUUCUUCUACACGUCUGUCUUCCCGGCCUGGAACGAUGAGAACCUCGAGCGGCUCGCCUACCACAAUGCCUCGCAUCUUAUCUUUGCGCACGUCCGGGCUACUACGGAGGGCUCAACCUCCCAAGCGAACUGCCACCCUUUCGUGCACGGUAGCCUCAUGUGGAUGCACAACGGUGGUCUGGGCGGUUGGACGCAUAUUAAGAGAAGGCUAGCAGAACGGCUGGCGGACAAGUGGUACCUGGGCGUCAAAGGCGGUACCGACAGCGAGUGGGCCUUUGCGCUGUUCCUGGACACACUCGAGCGUAUGGGUGUCGAUCCCAGCUCCGAGCCUCAGGAGGGCUUUGACCCCAUGACACUCAAGAAGGCUAUGCUCAAGACGAUCGAGAUCAUUAACGAACUCAUCGACCAGAUCCCUGAGAGCACCCUGUACAACGAGAAUGUCGAUACAAGGAGCCUGCUGAAUUUUUGUGUCUCGGACGGCCACAGCAUCAUCUGCACGAGAUAUAUCAACAGCUCAACAGACGAGGCGGCCAGUUUGUACUAUUCUACGGGCACGCAAUGGGAGAACAGGCCUCGUCUUGAGGACAAUGAGAACUACCAGAUGGAGCGCCGCGACAGGGGGGCCGACGUCGUUCUAAUUGCCAGUGAACCUUUAACAUUUCAGCGAGAGAACUGGAUCAAUGUUCCAACCAACUCUAUCCUCACCAUCCAUGACCAGAGCGCUUUCAUUGAAGACAUUAAAGACCAGUUCUACCACAGCGAUCCUUGGCACCGCCGUUCGGCCGGAUUUGUGCACAGCAAAGGCCUGGUCGCGAACGAGAAGGCUGGCACCCCUACGGCUCUGCCUAGCCCUGCUGUGGUUGUCACCGAUGACAUCCAGGAGCAAGAAGCGGCUCAGAAAAGAACCCAUCUGGGCCCGACAAUUCCUUUCAGUCUGAUGCGAUCUGUCACGCCACAGUCCGUGAAGCCUGUGAGGCCUGUGACCCCAGAGGCUGCCAGAGAUCAAUCCGCACCGCCACGCGCACGAGCCACCAUCUCCAGCGGCAGUGUUCAAAACAGUACGGAUGUGCGGUCCGUCACGAUGCCUUUGGAAACAAGACCCGCGGCACCCGUACACACUCCGUCGCAAGGCAAUAUCAAGAGAAAAAGGAUGUCUCUGAGUGAUCUGCCGCAGAUGCAAGGGCAAUCCAACCCCCCGGCGGACCCACCCACCCCGUUGAGCCCAGUCGAGAGGGCAGCAUAUGGCGAUCCUGCGAAGAUCGCGCGGUUUUUCCCCGAGCUGACCCUCUAA